ACAAAAAUAAAGGGAAAUUGGAGGGGAAAGAAAGAAAGUGCGUGGAAGGCGAACCAGAAUAUGCCAUAUAGCCAUGGUUUUUGUUCCACUCAUAAACAUUCUGAGAUUGCGGUUGGCAGGGCAACGCAGCUGCUUUGGUACUUCCGCGCCAUUACUUGCUUUUCCUUUGAUUUUUUUUUCUUUCGCCGGAGAUGGGUUAGUUAGCUUCUUCCAUUGUUAGCGAUUUCCAGCAAUGGGUAGGGGCCAAGUUCGAAAUUUCCCGGCUGGAUUGUGUACAUGUUUGAAUAUUUUUGUUUGAGAACCCUAAAGCUGCUCUGCUUCGAUGCUGGGAAGAUGAUGAAUACCGUAGCCCCGUUAUGCAAUUACUUCAAUGGUAGUUUUCCGUUUUGGGUUUUGCAGAGUGUUUAGACGACGGCAAUAGGGGUUGUGUAUUGUAAUGCUGGGGGUUUAAUCAGGGAAGCAAGCACGGUUUUCGUAUUCUCUGUUUGCUUUAGCCUUGUUCUUCCUGAAUGUGGGAUUUCUUUUUUUUAUGUUUCGGAUGCAUGAAUGUAUUUAUGUGUUUUUAGCCGGGAGUUCAUGAAUUUGUCUGUGUAAUUCAGGCAAAUUCAUGAAUUUGUGUGUAUAUUUAACCAAUUUCCUUGGUUUGUUCUUUAUUGGUCUUCCAUUGCAGCAUUCUGGAGCCGGUCUCUGUGGUGAUUUUGGCGCUCACCAGAGUCUGGCUUCCAGAAAAUCCUUACCCCCCCAAAACCUUGUUGUAGUUACAAGAUUGGCUGAUGGGCAAGGACAAGCAUUCUUUAGGUUUGUUGGAUACCUUAAGAAUGGAGAGGGUGAGGACCAUCUUCACGCAUACAUACCCUUAUCCGCAUGAGCACUCGAGGCACGCCAUCAUUGCGGUGGUGGUGGGUUGCCUUUUCUUUAUAUCUUCAGAUAACAUGCAUACCCUUAUAGCGAAGCUGGACAAUAAUGUCAAAUGGUGGUCCAUGUAUGCCUGCCUGCUCGGUUUCUUCUAUUUCUUCACGUCACCCUUCUUAGGGAAGACAAUCAAACCUAGCUAUUCAAAUUUCAGUUGGUGGUAUACGGCUUGGAUUUUAGUUGCAGCCCUAUAUCAUCUCCCUAGUUUUCAGUCAAUGGGAGUAGAUAUGAGGAUGAAUUUGUCCUUGUUCAUGACUAUAUAUGUGUCCUCGAUCGUGUUUCUUCUUGUAUUCCACAUUAUAUUUCUUGGACUAUGGCAUCUCGGUCUUGUUUCUCGUGUUGCUGCAAAACAGCCAGAGAUAUUGACCAUCUUCCAAAAUUGCGCCGUUCUCAGCGUAGCCUGCUGUGUGUUUUAUAGCCAUUGUGGAAACCAGGCUUUGAUGAAAGAUAGACCCCUUCAGAGAAGCCUUUCUAGUUGGUUUCCUUUUAGGAAGAAGGGAGAGAUCAAUACCUGGCUAGCUAAAUUUAUCCGCAUGAACGAAUUAAAAGACCAGGUCUGCUCGUCUUGGUUUGCACCUGUUGGAUCUGCAAGUGAUUAUCCACUUUUAUCAAAAUGGGUUCUCUAUGGAGAGAUAGGUUGCAGCGGGGAUGAAUGUGCAGCCUCAUCUGAUAAUAUUUCUCCUAUAUAUUCAUUGUGGGCUACCUUUAUUGGUCUUUAUAUCGCUAACUAUGUGGUGGAAAGGUCAACUGGGUGGGCUCUUACUCACCCUUUGUCAGUUAAAGAGUAUGAGAAUUUAAAGAAGAAGCAGAUGACCCCAGACUUUCUGGAUAUGGUUCCUUGGUAUUCAGGAACCUCUGCUGAUUUAUUCAAGACACUGUUUGACCUUUUGGUAUCAGUAACUGUAUUUGUCGGUCGUUUUGACAUGCGCAUGAUGCAGGCAGCAAUGAACAAGGUGCAAGAUGGAGUUAAAUCAGACCAUUUCUAUGAUCAUCUUAGCAAACAAGACGAUCUGUGGUUUGACUUCAUGGCUGAUACAGGUGAUGGUGGGAACUCAACCUACAGUGUUGCACGCUUACUUGCUCAACCGUCUCUUAGGGUUAGCACAGGUGAUUCUGUGCUCUCUCUGCCCAGAGCAAAGUUACUUAUUGUGGGAGGGGAUCUUGCAUAUCCUAAUCCUUCGGCAUUCACAUACCAAAGGCGCCUCUUUUGUCCCUUUGAGUAUGCUCUGCAGCCACCUUCCUGGUACAAAGAGGAUCAAGUUGCAGUGCACAAGCCUGAGUUACCCCAUGGGGUGUCUGAACUUAAACAGUAUGACGGACCUCAAUGUUUUGUCAUUCCUGGAAACCAUGAUUGGUUCGAUGGGCUUCAUACUUUCAUGAGGUACAUAUGUCAUAAAAGCUGGCUGGGUGGAUGGUUUAUGCCCCAGAAAAAGAGUUAUUUCGCUUUGCAACUUCCUAAAGGGUGGUGGGUUUUUGGUCUCGAUCUUGCACUCCAUAAUGAUAUUGACGUGUACCAGUUCAAAUUCUUUACAGAAGUAGUGAAAGAGAAGGUAGGAGAAAAUGACUCUGUGAUCAUCAUUACCCAUGAACCAAAUUGGCUGCUUGAUUGGUACUGGAAUGAUGUUUCUGGGAAGAAUGUCACACAUCUUGUACAUGACUAUCUGAAAGGAAGGUGCAAGCUUCGGAUGGCCGGAGAUUUGCAUCAUUACAUGCGUCAUUCACAUGUACCUUCAGAUGGCCCAGUUGAUGUGCAGCAUCUAAUUGUAAAUGGCUGUGGUGGUGCUUUUUUACACCCCACCCAUGUCUUUGGUGGCUUCAAGAAAGCAUAUGGAGCUACCUAUGAUACCAAGGCCGCUUAUCCAUCUCUAGAAGAUUCUGGCAGGAUUGCUUUGGGGAAUAUUUUGAAGUUCCGUAAGAAGAACUGGCAAUUCGAUUUCAUUGGCGGCAUUUUGUACUUUCUGCUGGGGUUUUCCAUGUUCCCUCAGUGUAACCUUGACGUCAUUUUGCAAAGUGAUUCAUUUUCGGGCCACAUAUGGAGUUUCUUUGGCACAGUUUGGAAUGAAUUUCUCUACUUGCUACAACACUCUCAUGUAUCCUUGCUUGGUGCUCUGGGAUUGCUGAUAGCAGCAGUUACAUUUGUCCCAUCAAAGAUGUCAUGGAAGAAACGUGCCAUGAUUGGAAUUCUUCAUUUCUCUGCACAUCUUGCAUCAGCCCUUGUCCUCAUGUUGCUCUUGGAACUUGGUAUCGAGACAUGCAUUCGUCAUAACUUACUCGCUACAUCAGGAUACCACACUUUAUACGAGUGGUACAGAGCAGUGGAGAGAGAACACUUUCCUGACCCCACCGGUCUUCGAGAUAGGAUAGAACAAUGGACGCUCGGGCUUUACCCUGCAUGCAUAAAGUACUUGAUGUCUGCUUUUGAUGUUCCUGAGGUCAUGGCUGUCACACGUAGUAAUAUAUGCAAGAAUGGUGCCGAAGCACUGUCGAGAGGAGGUGCAAUCAUUUACUAUGCUUCCGUCUUCCUCUACUUCUGGGUCUUCUCGACACCAAUCGUCUCAUUCGUGUUCGGAAGUUACUUGUACAUUUGCAUUAAUUGGCUUCAGAUUCACUUCGAUGAAGCCUUCUCUUCCCUUCGUAUUGCAAAUUACAAGUCGUUUACCAGAUUACACAUCGACAGAGCUGGGGAUCUCGAAAUAUUCACUCUUGCGGUCGACAAGGUCCCCAAGGAGUGGCAGCUAGAUCCACAUUGGGAUGCAGAGCCAAGGCAGGCACAGCAGAUGAGCCAUCACCGGAAGUACCCUAGUAAAUGGAGCGCUGCGGCUUACCAACAGGAUCCGGUGAAUUCGGUCAAGAUAGUUGACCAUUUCGUGAUUAGAAGGACAGAGGAAGUACCAGGGGUAGGAGCAGCAGCAACUAACGGAUCAGUCUCUCCCUGAUCUCUUGUUGAUCUAGAUUUUGCUGUAUGUUGUAACAUCAUUAAUCUUAGAAGCACAGAACCAGGAAAGAGAAUCGCGGCAGAGAAUUUGAAAGUUAGUUCUCCACUAACCCUUCAGCCUUCACCUCUUCCUGGGUUUAUGAACUCUGUAUAUAUGUAACUUACUAUUCUAUCUCUCAGCUAAUUAGAGUCGACGCCAAGAUACAAUGCUCUUCAUGGUUAGAAUUGACAGUCUUGCUCGACACAUGGUAGUGAAGAAUUGGAAGAAAUGGAGAUUGAUUCAUCUUCUGAUGCUACUUUAACUAAUCAUGUUUCCAGAAACAAUUGAGAACAAGGGUGGGGGAAAACCCCCCAGCUAAAUGUGAAACAAGAAAAGAACUUUCUGAAACUGAGGCAGUAGCCAGGGG